AUGAAGUUUACGCAACACUUACUGAAGAAGGAGGAAGGUUACUACGAAACACGGUUACCUUGGAAACCUGACCACCCUGCUUUGCCAAAAAAUAAAGUGCUAGCAACAGCAAGGCUAUGGAGUACAACCAAAAGACUGGAAAUCAUUGGGAAGUUGAAGGAUUAUAAUGAGGUCAUGCAAGAGCAAAUUCAAGAAGGGAUAAUAGAGAAGAUUCCUCAGAGGCCAUCAGGAGAAUCAGUUCAUUACAUUCCACACCAAGCAGUUAUUCGAGAAGAUGCAGAAUCAACAAAGCUAAGGAUUGUGUAUGACUGUUCAGCAAAACCAAACCCUCAGCUACCGUCAAUCAACGACAGUCUUGAAACAGGACCAGCCCUGCAACCUUUGCUAUUUGACAUCAUUCUCAGAAAUCGAAUGAAAAAUUACUGCAUAACUGGUGAUAUCAAGAAAGCUUUUCUGCAGAUCAGAAUCGCCGAACAAGAUCGUGACGCACAAAGGAUACUUUGGUAUGAUAAUCUAAAGGAUAGAAACAUCAUUGAGUACAGAUUCACGAGGGUCAUAUUUGAAGCCGGGCCUAGUCCUUAUAUACUAGGAGCUACACUACAGAAGCACGUAUUGAAUUAUAAACGAAGUUACCCUGGCACUGUGAACGCCCUACUGAAGGACACUUACGUGGAUGACAUACAAUAUGGGGGAGAUUCAUUGGAAGAGCUUGUGAGAUUUAAGGAACAGGCUACAAAAAUCAUGAAGGAAGGGAGAUUUACGCUACACAAAUGGCAUAGCAACAUCGCGUCAUUAGAAUCUACUGCAGCUGAAAAGGGAAGACAGAAAGAAGAAGAUGACAUCAGAGAACAAAUGAAUCAACAUGAAGAGUUGAGAAAUACUUCCAAGAUUCUUGGAAUUCAAUGGGACAAGUACAAGGAUCUACUUCAAAUAAACUUUGAGUCUUGUCACCAAACAAACCAGCCUGUAACCAAGAGGAAGAUGUUGGCAGUCAUCAAUAGUAUCUUCGACUUGCUUGGAUGGGUUUCACCUGUGACAAUAACUGCAAAGAUCUUAUUCAGUGAGCUGUGCCUAAGGAAAGUCACUUCGGAUGAAAGCUUGCCUGAGGAUAUACAACGACGUUGGAAUUUAUGGAUCAAAGGACUGAAAUUAUGUCCCACUAUCACGAUUCCCAGAAGUGUUAAGAGCCCCAGAGAAGAAAAGUUGUCAGUUCAUGGAUUUGCAGAUGCCAGCAAGCAAGCAGUAUGUGCAGCUGUGUAUUUAUUGGUGACAUAUCCCAAUGGAACAGUGGAUAAAAACUUGCUCGUUGCCAAGUCUCGCAUUUCGCCAAGGGAUUUAUCAAUACCUCGUCUAGAACUGGUGGCAGCUCACACACUUGCGAAGCUGAUAAAGUCAUGUUAUGGGAACACUGAGCUCGUUUGA